CACCAAACGCGCGCUCGCGGUUUCUUCGCGACGUCCGCAAGAUGGUUCUUACUACUUAUGCUGGCAAAUACAGGUUUGAAGAAGAAAUAGCAAAUGGAGGCUGUGGAACCGUGUUUCUGGGCGUGCAUACCACAGCAGGAAAACAAGUGGCAAUCAAGCUAGAGCCAACCCACCCUGAUCACCACCCGUCGCACCCAUCGCCGCUCAAAACAGAGUCCAAAAUAUACAAAUCCCUCUCUGGCGGUGAAGGCGUACCAUGGAUUAUUUGGAGCGGUCGACAGGGUGACUACAACGUUAUGGUCACGGAUCUCCUGGGUCCCAGUCUAGAAGACCUCUUCAAGAUGUGCAAUCGCCAUUUUAGUAUGAAGACCGUCCUCUUACUGGCAGAUCAAUUGAUCUCCCGCAUUGAAUUUGUGCAUUCGCACUCGAUCGUCCAUCGCGAUAUCAAGCCUGCGAACUUUGUCAUGUCGGUGGCGCCACAAACACCAUGCUCCUGUUCAACAUCACAUUCGAAUGCCAACUCAACGGCACCGUCCCCAACUUCGCCCUCCUCAUCCUUACCUGACCCUGUGGAAGGUGAUGUCGUCAAGCCCGUAAGAUCAAGGCUGCCAAGUCCUCCGGCAUCGUCGCGACCGUGUCCGCACCAUCCCCUCGUCCACAUCAUUGACUUCGGCCUGGCCAAGAAGUUCCGAGACUCGGUAUCGCAAAUCCACAUCCCCUUUUCUCAACACCCGACAGGCCUCCAUGGGGUCGGAACCUCCCUAUUCGCGUCAAUAAACACUCACCUCGGCAUGGAAGCUUCGCGAAGAGAUGACCUUGAAUCCCUCGCCUACAUGCUCAUCUACUUCCUUCGUGGGACUUUGCCUUGGAGAAAGAUGCGCGCCCCUUCCAACCUUCCUUCGUCGAUUUUGGCGGCCAUUUCGAAUAGUGAAGAGCGACGUGAGGCUCAAGAGCAUUAUAACCCCGUCAGUGCUACGUGGGACCUGAUCCGCGACAGCAAGCUCGAGCAUGAAGCGACCUUGACGGAGGGUCUUCCCGAGGAGUUCCACGUGCUGUACACCUACGCGCGUAACUUGGAGUUUGACGACCUGCCCGACUACGAGGGGUUGCGAAAUUGUUUCCGUGGUCUUGCUGCACGUCUUGGUAUCGAGUACGACGGUGUUUUCGAUUGGAGCGUAAAGGGUCCUGGGGAAGGAGGCAGCAAGGGCCCAGGAAUUGCAUCAAAGAAAAUCCGUCGUGGACGACAAUGCUUGGCCUGCGAUGCGCGCGCGAAAGCUAAAGCCGAGGAGGCGGAGAGGAGGAAGUCGUAAAGAGCG